AUGGUAAGGAGCCCCACUGUACUGCUGGACAAGUGGCCUGGGAUGUACCAGCUGGGAGGAGCUGCGUCUGGGGUGCUGCAGCCAGGCCUCCUGCCUGGGCUCUCCACCCUGGCUCUGCCCGGGUUAAUGAUUACUCUGGGCAGUGGGAAGGUGGAGAGAGGGAGGCCCGCCCAGCUGCCCAGCUCUUUAACCACUGGUUGCACCCAAGGCUCAGAACCUGUGGCGGAGUUCCAGGGGAAGUUGGCACUGUCUUCUUCCAGCAUUGACUAUAAGCUGGCGGGGGGCAUGGAGGUGGAGCCAGGCCUGCUCUGGUUUCGCCUCUCUGGCCGACCAGCUGUGCAGUCUCAGUUGGCACUGUCUUCUUCCAGCAUUGACUAUAAGCUGGCGGGGGGCAUGGAGGUGGAGCCAGGCCUGCUCUGGUUUCGCCUCUCUGGCCGACCAGCUGUGCAGUCUCAGGUGACCCAUGGGCUGAGGGCAUAUGAUGGCUUGUCCCUGCCUGAGGAUGCAGAGACCGUCGAGGUGGGCCGGGGCAGCUGGACCUACUCCUACCUGUCGGACGACGAGGACCUGCUUGCUGACGACGCCUCUGGAGAUGACCAGGGCAGUGGGGACCUGGGCAGCGGGGAAUUCCAUAUGGUAUAUUUCCGGGCCCUGGUAAAUUUCACUCACUCCAUCGAGUACAGCCCCCGGCUGGAGGACGCAGGCUCCAAGGAGUUCCGAGAGGUGUCCGAGGCUGUGGUAGACCUGCUGGAGUCGGAGUACUUGAAGAUUCCUGGAGACCAGGUUGUCAGCGUGGUGUUUAUCAAAGAGCAAGACGGCUGGGUCUUUGUGGAGCUGGACGUGGGCUCAGAAGGGAACUCCAACGGCACUCAGAUUCAGAGUGUGCUGCACGCAGUCGUCUCCAGGGGCGCCAUCGGCCCCUACACGGCCUCUCUGCAGGGGUUCCAGUUCCGACGCCUGGGCGCAGUGCCCCAGCUCCCCAGGCUCUGCACGGAGGCCGAGUUUGCCUGCCACAGCUACAACGAGUGUGUGGCCCUGGAGUACCACUGUGACCGGCGACCCGACUGCAGGGACAUGUCUGAUGAGCUCAACUGUGGGGAUCCUGUCCCGGAGGUCAGCACCACGCCCCUGGUGGAGACGCCACCCUCACUACCCCUGCCAGAGGCAACCACCACACAGCAGCUGCCAGCCACCCCCACGCCCCAGCCUCUGCUCCCCGGUCCAGGCAGGCCCGUGCCCUGUGAGCCCCACGAAGCAGCAUGCCACAGUGGGCACUGCAUCCCCGAAGACUACGUCUGUGACGGGCAGGAGGACUGCACGGACGGCAGCGACGAACUGGACUGUGGCCCCUCUCCGCCCUGUGAGCCCAACGAGUUCCCCUGCGGAAACGGGCACUGUGCCCUCAAGCUGUGGCACUGUGAUGGCGACUUUGACUGUGAGGACCGUACCGACGAGGCCAACUGCCCCGCCCAGCAGCCCGGGGAAGUAUGCGGGCCCACAGAGUUCCGCUGUGUCUCCACCAACACCUGCAUCCCGGCUAGCUUCCACUGUGACGAGGAGAGUGACUGUCCUGACCGCAGCGACGAGUUCGGCUGCAUGCCCCCCCAGGUGGUGACCCCUCCCCAGGAGUUGAUUCAGGCUUUCCGGGGUCAGACGGUGACCUUUACCUGUGCGGCCAUCGGUGUCCCCACCCCUAUCAUCAACUGGAGGCUCAACUGGGGCCACAUCCCCUCGCAUCCCAGGGUGACAGUGACCAGCGAGGAUGGCCGUGGCACCCUAACCAUCCGCGAUGUGAAGGAGGCAGACCAGGGUGCCUACACGUGUGAGGCCAUGAACGCCCGGGGCAUGGUCUUUGGCAUUCCCGAUGGCGUCUUGGAGCUCAUCCCACAGCGAGGGCCCUGCCCCGAUGGGCACUUCUACCUGGAGCACAGUGCCUCCUGCCUGCCCUGCUUCUGCUUCGGAGUCACCAGCUUGUGCCAGAGCAGCCACCGCUUCUGGGACCAGAUCCGGCUACGCUUCGACCGGCCUGAUGACGUCAAGGGUGUGAAUGUGACGAUGCCUGCGCAGCCCGGAAUGCCACCCCUGUCCUCCACCCAGCAGCACAUUGACACUGUCCUGCAGGAAUUCCAGCUGGUGGACCUGUCCCGUCGCUUCCUCAUCCACGACUCUUUCUGGGCUCUGCCCGAGCAGUUCCUGGGCAACAAGGUGGACUCCUAUGGGGGCUUCCUACGCUACAAAGUGCGCUAUGAGCUGGCCCGUGGCGCCCUGGAGCCAGUGCAGCGGCCAGACGUGGUCCUGGUGGGAGCCGGACGCCGCCUACUCUCCCGAGGCCACACACCCACCCACCCCAGCGCUCUGAACCAGCGUCAGGUCCAGUUCUCUGAGGAGCACUGGGUCCACGAGUCCGGCCAGCCGGUGCAGCGGGCGGAGAUGCUGCAGGUGCUGCAGAGCCUGGAGGCCGUGCUCAUCCAGACAGUGUACAACACCAAGAUGGCCAGCGUGGGGCUGAGUGAUGUCUCCAUGGACACCACUGUCGCCCAUGCCACCGGCCACGGCCGUGCCCACAGCGUGGAGGAGUGCAGGUGCCCCAUUGGCUAUUCCGGCUUGUCCUGCGAGAGCUGUGAUGCCCACUUCACCCGGGUACCUGGUGGGCCCUACCUGGGCACCUGCUCUGGCUGCAAUUGCAAUGGGCACGCCAGCUCCUGUGACCCUGUGUAUGGCCACUGCCUGAAUUGCCAGCACAACACGGAGGGGCCUCAGUGCAACAAGUGCAAGGCUGGCUUCUUCGGGGACGCCACGAAGGCCACGGCCACUGCCUGCCGGCCCUGCCCUUGCCCGUACAUCGAUGCCUCCCGCAGGUUCUCAGACACUUGCUUCCUGGACACGGAUGGCCAGGCCACUUGUGACGCAUGUGCCCCAGGCUAUACUGGCCGCCGCUGUGAGAGCUGUGCCCCCGGAUAUGAGGGCAACCCCAUCCAGCCUGGUGGGAAGUGCAGGCCUACUAACCAGGAGAUCGUGCGCUGUGAUGAGCGAGGCAGCCUGGGGACCUCCGAGCAGGCCUGCCGCUGUAAGAACAACGUGGUGGGGCGCUUGUGUAAUGAGUGUGCCGACGGCUCCUUCCACCUGAGUACCCAGAACCCCGACGGCUGCCUCAAGUGCUUCUGCAUGGGCGUCAGUCGCCGUUGCACCAGCUCCUCCUGGAGCCGCUCCCAGGUGCACGGGGCCUCUGAGGAGCCCAUACGAUUCAGCCUGGUCCACGCUGCCAACACCCACAUCACCAGCGAGGGCAUCUCAUCCCCGACGCCUGGGGAGCUGGUCUUCUCCUCCUUCCACAGCCUCCUCCCUGGGCCCUACUUCUGGAGCCUCCCUCCCCGCUUCCGGGGGGACAAGGUGACCUCGUACGGAGGUGAGCUGCGCUUCACGGUGACCCAGCGGCCCCAGCCUGGCUCCACGGCGCUGCACGGGCAGCCGCUGGUGGUGCUGCAAGGCAAUGGCAUCGUCCUGGAGCAUCACAGCGCCCGGGCGCCCAGCCCCGGCCAGCCCAGCACCUAUACUGUGCCCUUCCGCGAGCAAGCCUGGCAGCGAUCUGAUGGGCUGCCGGCCACGCGGGAGCACCUGCUGAUGGCACUGGCGGGCAUCGACACCCUCCUGAUCCAGGCAUCCUACACCCAACAGCCAGCCGAGAGCAGGCUCUCGGGCAUCAGCAUGGAUGUGGCCGUGCCCGAGGACACCGGCCAGGACCCAGCGCUGGAAGUGGAGCACUGCACCUGCCCUCCUGGCUAUCGGGGUCCAUCCUGCCAGGACUGUGACACUGGCUACACACGCACCCCCAGUGGCCUCUACCUGGGGACCUGUGAACGCUGCAGCUGCCAUGGCCACGCAGAGGUCUGCGAGCCCGAAACAGGCACCUGCCAGGGCUGCCAGCACCACACGGAUGGCCCUCGGUGUGAACAGUGCCAGCCAGGGUACUACGGCGAUGCCCAGCGGGGGACACCACAGGACUGCCAGCCGUGCCCGUGCUAUGGAACUCCUGCUUCCGGCCAGGCUGUCCACACUUGCUUUCUGGACACGGACGGCCAUCCCACCUGUGACGCAUGCUCCCCGGACCACAGUGGGCGUCUCUGUGAGAGGUGUGCACCAGGUUACUAUGGCAACCCCAGCCAGGGCCAGCCUUGCCGAAGAGGUGACCAGGGGCCAGAGCCAAUGGGCUCCGGCUGUGACCCCCAGGGCAGCAUGGGCAGCCAGUGCGAUGCUGCUGGCCAGUGCCAGUGCAAGGCCCAGGUGGAAGGCCUCACCUGCAGCCACUGCCGGCCCCAUCACUUCCACCUGAGCGCCAGCAACCCCGACGGCUGCCUGCCCUGCUUCUGCAUGGGCAUCACUCAGCAGUGCGCCAGCUCCUCCUACACGCGCCACCGGAUCUCCACCCACUUUGCCCCCGGGGACUUCCAAGGCUUCGCCCUGGUGAACCCACAGCGGAACAGCCACCUGACAGGAGGCUUCACCGUGGAGCCCGUGCCUGAGGGUGCCCAGCUGUCUUUUGGCAACUUUGCCCACCUCGGCCAUGAAUCCUUCUACUGGCAGCUGCCUGAGACAUACCAGGGAGACAAGGUGGCAGCCUAUGGCGGGAAGCUGCGGUACACCCUCUCCUACAGGGCUGGGCCCCAGGGCAGCCCGCUCUCUGACCCCGACGUCCAGAUCACGGGCAACAACAUCAUGCUGGUGGCCUCCCAGCCUGCACCGCAAGGCCCCGAGAGGAAGAGCUACGAGGUCAUUCUCCGCGAGGAAUUCUGGCGCCGGCCUGACGGGCAGCGAGCCACACGUGAGCACCUCCUGAUGGCGCUGGCCGACCUGGACGAGCUGCUGGUCCGCGCCACGUUCUCCUCAGUGCCGCUGGCGGCCAGCAUCAGCGCAGUCAGCCUGGAGGUCGCCCAGCCCGGACCCUCAGAAGGACCCCGGGCCCUCGAGGUGGAGGAGUGCCGCUGCCCCCCGGGCUAUGUGGGCUUGUCAUGCCAGGACUGUGCCCCCGGCUACACGCGCACUGGGAGUGGGCUCUACCUCGGCCACUGUGAGCUGUGUGAGUGCAACGGCCACUCGGACCUGUGCCACCCGGAGACCGGGGCCUGCUCGCAAUGCCAGCACAACGCCGCCGGCGAGUUCUGUGAGCUGUGUGCACCCGGCUACUAUGGAGACGCCACGGCCGGGACGCCUGAGGACUGCCAGCCCUGCGCCUGCCCGCUGGCCAGCCCGGAGAACAUGUUCUCCCGUACCUGUGAGAGCCUGGGAGCCGGCGGGUACCGCUGCACAGCCUGCGAGCCUGGCUACACCGGCCAGUACUGUGAGCAGUGUGCCCCAGGUUACGUGGGUAACCCCAACGUGCGAGGGGGCCGGUGUCUGCCACAGGCAGACCAGGCCCCGCUGGUGGUCCAGGUCCACCCUGCUCGGAGCGUCGUGCCCCAGGGUGGCCCCCACUCCCUACAGUGCCAGGUCAGCGGGAGCCCGCCUCACUAUUUCUACUGGUCCCGAGAGGAUGGGCGGCCCUUGCCCAGCAGCACCCAGCAGCGACAUCAAGGUUCCGAGCUCCACUUCCCCAGCGUGCAGCCUUCGGAUGCAGGGGUCUACAUCUGCACCUGCCGUAACCUCCAGCAUACCAACUCCAGCCGGGCGGAGCUGCUGGUCGCCGAGGCUCCCAGCAAGCCCAUCACGGUGACGGUGGAGGAGCAACGCAGCCAGAGCGUGCGCCCCGGGGCCGACGUUACCUUCAUCUGCACAGCCAAGAGCAAGUCCCCGGCGUACACCCUGGUAUGGACCCGCAUGCACAAUGGGAAACUGCCCUCCCGGGCCAUGGACUUCAACGGCAUCCUGACCAUUCGCAACGUGCAGCCGAGCGACGCGGGCACCUACGUGUGCACGGGCUCCAACAUGUUCGCCAUGGACCAGGGCACGGCCACGCUGCACGUGCAGGCCUCAGGUGCCUUGUCUGUCCCCGUGGUCUCCAUCCACCCCCCACAGCUCACAGUGCAGCCAGGGCAGCUGGCUGAGUUCCGCUGCAGUGCCACAGGGAACCCCACACCCAUGCUCGAGUGGACAGGGGGCCCUGGUGGCCGGCUCCCUCAGAAGGCACAGGUCCACGGUGGCAUCCUGCGCCUGCCGGCUGUUGAGCCCUCAGACCAGGCCCAGUACCUGUGCCGGGCCCACAGCAUCGCCGGGCAGCAGGUGGCCAGGGCUGUACUCCACGUGCACGGGGGCAAUGGGCCCCGGGUCCAGGUGAGCCCAGAGAGGACCCAGGUGCACGAGGGCCGCACCGUCAGGCUGUACUGCAGGGCUGCAGGGGUGCCCGGUGCCACCAUCACCUGGAAGAAGGAGGGGGGCAGCCUUCCCCCGCAGGCCCGGUAUGAGCGCACAGACAUAGCCACGCUGCUCAUCCCAGCCAUCACUGCCGACAAUGCCGGCUUCUACGUCUGCGUGGCCACCAGCCCCGCUGGCACUGCCCAGGCCCGGAUCCAAGUGGUCGUCCUGCCAGCCUCAGGUGCCAGCACCCCGCCAGUCACAAUUGAGUCCUCGUCCCCUUCGGUGACUGAAGGGCAGACGCUCGACCUCAGCUGUGUGGUGGCUGGGCCGGCCCCUGCCCAGAUCACAUGGUACAAGCGAGGCGGCAGCCUGCCUCCCCACGCCCAGGUCCAUGGCGCCCGGCUGCGUCUCCCCCAGGUGUCCCCAGCCGAUUCUGGAGAAUACGUGUGCCGUGUGGAGAAUGGAUCGGGCCCCAAGGAGGCCUCCAUCAUCGUCUCUGUCCUACAUGGUGCCCACGUGGGCCCCAACUACACCCCUGGUGAAGAGUCAGCCCCUGGCAGCUCCCAGUCCAUCCGCAUCGAGUCCUCCUCCUCCCACGUGGCCGAAGGGCAGACCCUGGAUCUGACCUGUGUGGUGCCUGGGCAGGCCCACGCCCAGGUCACGUGGUACAAGCGUGGGGGCAGCCUCCCGGCCCGGCACCAGACCCACGGCCCGCUGCUGCGGCUACACCAGGUGUCCCCUGCUGACUCGGGCGAGUACGUGUGCCGCGUGAUCCUCGGCUCCAAACCCCUGGAGACGUCUGUCCUGGUCACCAUUGAGGCCUCUGGCUCCCUCCCCGCAGCCCCAGGACCUGUCCCACCUGUCAGGAUCGAGUCCUCAUCUUCCACAGUGACCGAGGGGCAGACCCUGGAUUUGAACUGCGUGGUGGCUGGGCAGGCUCAUGCCCAGGUCACGUGGUACAAGCGUGGGGGCAGCCUUCCCCCCCGGCACCAGGUCCGCGGCUCCCGCCUGUACAUCUUCCAGGCCUCCCCAGCUGAUGCAGGAGAGUAUGUCUGCAGGGCCAGUGAUGGGGUCGAGGCCUCCCUCACGGUCACAGUCCUCAGGACCCAUGGCGCCAACUUUGCCUACCCCCCUGGUGGCACCCAGCUCAUCCGCAUCGAGUCCUCCUCCUCCCAAGUGGCUGAAGGGCAGACCCUGGAUCUGAACUGCGUGGUGCCCGGACAGGCCCAUGCCCAGGUCACGUGGCACAAGCGCGGCGGCAGCCUCCCUGCCCGGCACCAGACCCACGGCUCCCUGCUGAGACUCCACCAGGUGUCCCCUGCUGACUCGGGCGAGUACAUGUGCCGUGUGGUGGGUGGCUCCGUGCCCCUGGAGGCGUCUGUCCUGGUCACCAUCGAACCUGCGGGCUCUGGGCCUGCACUCGGGGUCACCCCUCCAGUCCGGAUCGAGACCUCCUCCUCACAUGUGGCUGAAGGGCAGACCCUGGAUCUGAACUGCCUGGUUACUGGGCAGGCCCACGCCCAGGUCACGUGGCACAAGCGUGGGGGCAGUCUCCCGGCCCGGCACCAGGUGCAUGGCUCAAGGCUACGCCUGCCCCAGUUGACCCUCGCUGACUCCGGGGAGUACGUGUGCCGCGUGGUCAGCAGCUCGGGCACCCAGGAGGCCUCCGUCCUUAUCACCAUCCAGCAGCGCCUUGGCCCCUCUCACCCUCAGGGCGUGGUGUACCCCGUCCGCAUCGAGUCCUCCUCAGCCUCCCUGGCUAAUGGGCACACCCUGGACCUCAACUGCCUGGUGGCCAGCCAAGCCCCGCACACCAUCACGUGGUACAAGCGUGGAGGCAGCUUACCCAGCCGGCACCAGAUCGUGGGCUCCCGGCUACGGAUCCCUCAGGUGACCCCCGCGGACUCAGGCGAGUACGUGUGUCACGUCAGCAAUGGCGCAGGGUCCCAGGAGACCUCGCUCGUUGUCACCAUUGAAGGCAGCGGUUCUUCCCAUGUGCCUAGUGUCUCCCCACCAAUCAGGAUCGAGUCCUCGUCCCCCACAGUGGUCGAAGGACAGACCUUGGAUCUGAACUGCGUGGUGGCCGGACAGCCCCAGGCGUCGAUCACGUGGUACAAGCGUGGUGGCAGCCUUCCCUCCCGACACCAGGCUCACGGCUCUCACCUGCGGCUGCACCACAUGUCCGUGGCCGACUCAGGCGAGUACGUGUGCCGGGCCAACAACAACAUCGAGGCCCAGGAGGCCUCUAUCCUGGUCUCCGUCCUUCCCAGCGCCGGCAGCCCCUCCGUUCCUGGUGGUGCCGCGCCCAUCAGAAUUGAAUCGUCAUCUUCACGUGUGGCCGAAGGGCAGACCCUGGAUCUGAACUGUGUGGUCCCAGGACAGGCCCACGCCCAAGUCACGUGGCACAAGCGCGGGGGCAGCCUCCCCAGUCACCACCAGGCCCACGGUUCACGGCUGCGGCUGUACCAGGUGUCUCCCGCCGACUCGGGCGAGUACAUGUGCCGUGUGGUGGGCAGCUCUGGUCCCCUGGAGGCCUCAGUCCUGGUCACCAUCGAGGCCUCUGGCUCUGGCACUGUCCAUGUCCCUGCCCCAGGCGGAGCCCCACCCAUCCGCAUUGAGACCUCCUCCUCCCACGUGGCCGAAGGGCAGACCCUGGAUCUGACCUGCGUGGUGCCCGGGCAGGCCCACGCCCAGGUCACGUGGCACAAGCGCGGGGGCAGCCUCCCUGCCCGGCACCAGACCCACGGUCCCCUGCUGAGGCUGAACCAGGUGUCUCCAGCUGACUCCGGCGAGUACUUGUGCCGAGUGACCAGCAGCUCAGGCACCCUGGAGGCUUCCAUCCUGGUCACAAUUGAAGCCUCCGACCCAAGCCCCAUUCCUGCCCCGGGCCUGGCCCAGCCCAUCCACAUCGAGGCCUCCUCCUCCCACGUGGCUGAAGGGCAGACCCUGGAUCUGAACUGCGUGGUGCCUGGGCAGGCCCACGCCCAGGUCACGUGGCACAAGCGUGGGGGCAGCCUCCCUGCCCGGCACCAGGCCCAUGGCUCCCAGCUGCGGCUCCACCACGUCUCCCCCGCCGACUCCGGCGAGUACGUGUGCCGUGUUGCUGGAGGCUCCGGUCCUGAGCAGGAGGCCUCCUUCACGGUCACCGUCCCACCCAGUGCCGGGUCCUCCUACCGCCUCAGGAACCCUGUCAUCUCCAUCGACCCGCCCAGCAGUACGGUACAGCAGGGCCAGGACGCCAGCUUCAAGUGCCUCAUCCAUGAGGGGGCGGCUCCCAUCAGACUCGAGUGGAAGACCCGGAACCAAGAGCUGGAGGACAACGUCCGCAUCAGCCCCAAUGGCUCCAUCAUCACCAUCGUGGGCGCCCGGCCCAGCAACCACGGUGCCUACCGCUGCAUGGCCUCCAACGCCUACGGUGUGGCCCAGAGCGUAGUGAACCUCAGUGUGCACGGCCCACCUACAGUGUCUGUGCUCCCUGAGAGCCCUGUGCGGGUGAAAGUGGGAAAGGCUGUCACCCUGGAGUGUGUCAGUGCCGGGGAACCCCGCUCCUCUGCUCGCUGGACCCGCAUUGGCACCCCUGUCAAGCUGGAGCAGCGGACGUUCGGGCUAGUGGACAGCCACACCGUGCUGCAGAUCUCAUCAGCUGAACCGUCAGAUGCCGGCACCUACGUGUGCCUGGCUCAGAAUGCGCUGGGCACAGCACAGAAGCGGGUGGAGGUGAUCGUGGACACAGACGCCGUGGUCCCAGGGGCCCCCCAGGUCCAGGUGGAAGAAGCCGAGCUCACCGUGGAGGCUGGCCGGACGGCUACUCUACGCUGCUCAGCCACAGGCAGCCCUGCACCCACCAUCCACUGGUCCAAGCUACGCUCCCCGCUGCCCUGGCAGCACCAGCUGGAGGGGGACACACUGAUCAUCCCCCGAAUAGCCCAGCAGGACUCGGGCCAGUACAUCUGCAAUGCCACGAGCCCUGCCGGGCACGCUGAGGCCACCGUCGUCCUGCACGUGGAGAGCCCGCCGUAUGCCACCGUGGUCCCAGAGCACGUGCCCGUGCGGGCCGGGGAGACGGUGCAGCUCCAGUGUCUGGCUCACGGGACACCCCCACUCAGCUUCCAGUGGAGCCGUGUGGGUGGCAGCCUCCCCGCAAGGGCAGCUGCCAGGAACCAGCUGCUGCACCUCGAGCCCGUGACCCCUGAGGACUCCGGUCACUACCGCUGCCAGGUCACCAACAGGGUGGGCUCGGCUGAGGCCUUUGCCCAGGUGCUCGUCCAAGGCCCCUCUGGCUCUCUCCCGGUCACCAUCCCGCCAGGAUCCACGCCCACCGUGCAGGUCACACCGCAGCUGGAGACCAAGAGCAUCGGGGCCAGCGUGGAGUUCCACUGUGCCGUGCCCAGUGACCAGGGCACCCAGCUCCGCUGGUUCAAGGACGGGGGCCAGCUGCCUCCUGGCCACAGCGUGCAGGAUGGGGUGCUCCGAAUCCAGAACUUGGACCAGAGCUGCCAAGGGACAUACAUUUGCCAGGCCCAUGGGCCUUGGGGACAGGCCCAGGCCAGUGCCCAGCUGGUUGUCCAAGCCCUGCCCUCGGUGCUCAUCAACAUCCGGACCUCCGUCCAGACUGUGGUUGUCGGCCACGCCGUGGAGUUCGAGUGCCUCGCGCUGGGUGACCCCAAGCCUCAGGUGACGUGGAGCAAAGUCGGGGGGCGCCUGCGGCCGGGCAUCGUGCAGACCGGGAGCAUCAUCAGGAUCGCCCACGUGGAGCUCUCGGACGCGGGCCAGUACCGCUGCACCGCCACCAACGCCGCCGGCACCACGCAGUCCCACGUGCUGCUGCUCGUGCAAGCCUUGCCCCAGAUCUCCACACCCCCGGAGGUCCGAGUGCCUGCCGGGUCCGCAGCCGUCUUCCCCUGCAUGGCCUCCGGCUACCCGACUCCAGACAUUACCUGGAGCAAGCUGGAUGGCAGCCUGCCGCCCGACAGCCGCCUGGAGAACAACAUGCUGAUGCUGCCCUCAGUGCGCCCCCAGGACGCGGGCACCUACGUCUGCACUGCGACCAACCGGCAGGGCAAGGUCAAAGCCUUUGCCCACCUGCAGGUGCCAGAGCGGGUGGUGCCCUACUUCACGCAGACCCCCCACUCCUUCCUGCCGCUGCCCACCAUCAAGGAUGCCUACAGGAAGUUUGAGAUCAGGAUCACCUUCCGGCCCGACUCAGCCGACGGAAUGCUGCUGUACAACGGGCAGAAGCGGGUUCCGGGGAGCCCCACCAGCCUGGCCAACAGGCAGCCUGACUUCAUCUCCUUCGGCCUCGUGGGUGGAAGGCCCGAGUUCCGGUUUGAUGCGGGCUCCGGCAUGGCCACCAUCCGCCAUCCCACGCCUCUGGCCCUGGGCCAGUUCCACACUGUGACCCUGCUGCGCAGCCUCACCCAGGGCUCCCUGAUCGUGGGCAACCUGGCUCCCGUCAACGGGACUUCCCAGGGCAAGUUCCAGGGCCUGGACCUGAACGAGGAGCUCUACCUAGGCGGCUACCCCGACUACGGGGCCAUCCCCAAGGCGGGGCUGAGCAGCGGCUUCAUAGGCUGUGUCCGGGAGCUGCGCAUCCAGGGUGAGGAGAUCGUCUUCCAUGACCUCAACCUCACGGCGCACGGCAUCGCCCACUGCCCCACCUGCCGGGACCGGCCCUGCCAGAACGGGGGCCAGUGCCACGACUCAGAGAGCAGCAGCUACGUGUGUGUGUGCCCUGCUGGCUUCACCGGGAGCCGCUGCGAGCACUCGCAGGCCCUGCACUGCCACCCAGAGGCCUGUGGACCCGACGCCACCUGUGUGAACCGACCCGACGGCCGAGGGUAUACCUGUCGCUGCCACCUGGGUCGCUCAGGGACGAGGUGUGAGGAAGCAGGGGGGCGGGCGGGCCCGUGGAGGACUUCGUGUCCCUGGCCAUGGUCGGCGGCCACCUGGAGUUUCGCUACGAGCUGGGGUCGGGGCUGGCCGUCCUGCGGAGUGCUGAGCCACUGGCCCUGGGCCGCUGGCACCGCGUGUCGGCAGAGCGCCUCAACAAGGACGGCAGCCUGCGGGUGAACGGCGGCCGCCCCGUGCUGCGCUCCUCGCCCGGCAAGAGCCAGGGCCUCAACUUGCAGACUCUGCUCUACCUGGGCGGCGUGGAGCCCUCCCUGCGGCUGUCUCCGGCCACCAACGUCAGCACCCACUUCCGCGGCUGUGUGGGCGAGGUGUCAGUGAAUGGCAAGCGGCUGGACCUCACCUACAGCUUCCUUGGCAGCCGGGGCAUCGGGCAGUGCUACGACAGCUCCCCGUGUGAGCGCCAGCCCUGCCAGCACGGCGCCACGUGCAUGCCCGCCGGCGAGUAUGAGUUCCAGUGCCUGUGUGGGGACGGCUUCAAAGGAGACCUCUGCGAGCUCGAGGAGAACCCCUGCCAACUGCGUGAGCCCUGUCUGCAUGGGGGCACCUGCCAGGGCACACACUGCCUCUGCCUCCCUGGCUUCUCUGGCCCACGCUGCCAGCAAGGCCCUGGACACAGCCCAGCAGAGGCCGACUGGCUUCUUGAAGGCAGUGGGGGCAACGAUGCCCCUGGGCAAUAUGGAGCCUAUUUCCACGACAAUGGCUUCCUAGCCCUCCCCAGUGGCAUCUUCUCCAGGAGCCUGCCCGAGGUGCCCGAGAUCAUCGAGAUGGAGGUCCGGACCAGCACAGCCAGCGGCCUUCUGCUCUGGCAGGGAGUGGAGGUGGGAGAGGCUGGCCAAGGCAAGGACUUCAUCAGCCUGGGGCUUCAGGACGGGCACCCUGUCUUCAGCUACCAGCUGGGCAGUGGAGAGGCCCGACUCGUCUCUGAGGACCCCAUCAAUGACGGCGAGUGGCAUCGGGUGACAGUGCUGCGAGAGGGCCGGAGAGGCUCCAUCCAGGUGGACGGCGAGGAGAUGGUCAGCGGCCAGUCUCCAGGCCCGCACGUGGCUGUCAACACCAAGGGCAGCGUCUACAUUGGCGGAGCCCCCGCCGUGGCCGCGCUGACCAGGGGCAGGUUCUCCUCGGGCAUCACGGGCUGUAUCAAGAACCUGGUGCUACACUCCGCCCGGCCUGGCGCCCCGCCCCCACAGCCCCUGGACCUGCAGCACCGUGCCCAGGCGGGUGCCAACACAAAACCCUGCCCCUCGUACACACCUGCCCCACACGGACUCUCGGGCAGCGCCCCAGCCAACAACGUCAAGUAUAUUAUUAUUAAUAUUAUUAUUACGAAUUUUUUGUAAGAAACUGAGGCGAUGCCACGCUUUGCUGCUACCACCCUGGGCUGGUCUGGAGUGGGCAGGCCAGCCCCCCACACACACCUGGGCAAAACCACAGGCUGGCAGGCAGGGCAGGCUGGAUAGGAGUGGGUGCCUUGGAACCACCAGGACUUGGGGACAGGCACAGCAGCCGGGUGGGCCCACACUCCCCCACCCUCAUGGAGCCCCCCGGGCUGCCCACUUCCACAGCCCUGGGACAGUCUUCAUUUCUGUGAGAGCCAGCCUUGGCUUAUAGCCUGGUGCCUUGCCAGCUUCCCAAAACGGAAGGACGUCGCACUAGCCUUUGCCACCCCCUCUAGGCCGGGACACUUUAGUAUCAGCCAUGGAGCAAAAGGCAGCUCACCCUGGCCGGACAGUCCCCCACCCCACCAGCCCCACCCCAGCCCCCCACCUCCUUAUAGCCAGCUGGGCCACCUGUCCUGGCAGCCCCCACAAGCGCUCU